GUCAGCUGACUCCACCAUAAACAGGAAGGGGAAGUCAUAAGUUCAACAGACUGGUCAUGUCCAAACAGAAUCUGUGCAUUUGUUUUAUUUAAGAGGAAAAAAGGGACUCUGAGUGUGAAGAUGUUCGCCGGAGACGAUGAGGACGGAGACUUCUUGUCUCCGACUGGAGGGGCCAAGUUGGCCUCCCUGUUUGGACUAGACCAGGAAACCAGUCAGGGAAACGAGUCGUUCCAGUACACAGCACCCAAACAGCCCAAAAAGAGCUCCAAUACAGCACCAGCCUCCCAGAAAGCAGCUCCACCACCGGGUGCUCCUGCAGUGUUAUUGGCCACAGCAGUCCAAGCCUUCAGAUAUAUUAACGGACAGUAUGUGAAGCAGGGCAAGCUGGGAGCUGCUGUACUGGGCAACCACACAACAAAAGAGUACAAGCUACUUCUGUACUUGAGCCAGCAGAAACAAGUGACCGCUGCCAAGAUUCACGUGGGCUUUGUUUUCACGGUACAGCCAAACAACUACUGCACUUUUUAUGACGACCAGAGGCAGAACUGGUCCCUGAUGUUUGAAUCAGAGAAAGCCUCAUCAGACUUCUGCAAAGAGGUAUGUUUAGCGAAAGCGAACAGCGCGGCCUCCUUGGAUACUGUGGUGAUUCAGGAUCUGAAUCUCGGUGAGGGCCAGGCGGUGGAGAAUGGAGACUCUCUGGAGGUGGUGUACACAGGCUGGCUCCUGCAGAACCACGCCAUCGGACAGAUGUUUGACUCGAACCAGAACAAGGACAAGCUGCUACGACUAAAGGUCGGAGCUGGAAAAGUGAUCAAAGGCUGGGAGGAGGGGAUGCUGGGGAUGAAGAAGGCAGGCAGUCGACUCAUUGUCAUCCCACCCAACCUAGCUUAUGGAUCCAAGGGAGUCCCCAACCGUGUCCCGUCCAACAGCACUCUUAUUUUUGAAGCAGAGCUUCGACGGGUGAAGUUUUCCAAGGACUCCGGGUCUGAUCGGGCCAGUGUCUGCUCCAGCUCCAGAGACUCGGCUGCUCCCUCCCCUGCUCCUUCCCCGGCUACCAGUGUGGAGAAUCUGACCCCAGAGCCCCCAGUACAGACGGUCGCCUCGGGUCCAGGCAUACCAGGGGAGCCACCACUCCGUGCAAAGUCAAACUCACUCAGCGAACAGCUCGCAAAUCCGGACGCCACAAAAGCCAAACUGAUCUCUCGCAUGGCAAAGAUGGGUCAGCCCAUGCUGCCCUUUCUGACAGGAGUGGCCAGUCAGCCUGAAUCCAGUGACUCUGAGCUUGAGGACACGAGUGGCAGCAGAGCGAAGGAUCAGCCUGCGGCUCCGUCUCCAGUGCAGAUAUCCACUGCUGCUCCGGCUUCAGCACACGCACAUCCUCAUCCUCACACAGCUCCACCUUCUGCCUUAGUUCCUGUUAUGACCUCUGUAGCUCCACAGCCUGGGCUGCCAGGCAGCAGCCAUGCCUUUCAGCCUUACCCCUACACACAGACCUCUGUGGCUCCAACUCAGCUGCAGCCUGUUGGCCAGGUCUACCCUGCACAGACUGUCCCGUACGUGGGCUCCAGUGAUGUGACUUCCUUCUUGAUGACUGAGGCCCGACAACACAACACAGAGAUUCGGUUAUCUGUUGGAAAAGUAGCUGAUAAAGUGGAUCAACUGGCCUCAAAGAUAGAUGACCUUCAAAGGCAGGGAAGUCUUUCCAUGGGCGUGUCGAGUAUGUCGAUGGAAACCUCCAUGAUCAUGCACAACAUCCAAAGAAUCGUCCAGGAAAAUGAAUGUUUAAAAAAAGAAGUGUUUGAGAAGAGCUCUCGUAUUGAGGAGCAAAACCGUAAGAUCGGGGAGCUUAUCGACCAAAACCAGAGGCACAUGGAGCAGAGUAAUCUGCUGCUGGAAAAGAGGAACGACUCCCUCAAGUCCUCCAGUGAACAGAACCAGGCCAGACUACUGCAGGCUGAGCAGGACAAGCAUGCACUGCCUCAGGACCUGGGCUCCGGCCAGGUUCGUCUGACGGAGGAUCUGGCUUCGUCCACGGCCCGGCUGUCUCAGCUGCAGCUAGAAGCUUCAGUUCACCAGCAGAAGGCCAUGGAGCUGCAGAAUAAACUGAGCUCAGCACUGCAGGACAGUGAGAGUCACAGUCAACGCAUUGCUGCCCAGGAAACACAGCUCGAAGAGCUGAAGGAGGCAGCAGAGAGAACACAGGCUCAGUACCGCUCAGAGAAACAAAGACGCAAAGAGAUGGAGCUGAGGGUCAACAACAUGGAGGAGGAACUGCAGGACCUAAAGACUGAUAAAGAGCGCCUAGAACGGACACUUUUGGAAAGGAAGAAGAAGUGGCAGGCUGAGCGUCAGCGUCGGGAUGAAGAGGUAGAGGAGCUCCGCAAGAGCAGCCAGCAGGAGCUGGACAACGUCCGAGCUCAACUUCGGAAGGCCAGGACCAGCACUGACAACGCAGCAUCUGAGCAGCUGUCUCAGCUGCAGGCGGAGCUGGAGGUGGAGUGGAAGGGGAAGUGUGAGCAGAUGUUGGCCUCUGCCAAAGAGCAGCACAGCAGAGAGCUGGCUGAACUAACAGAGCAGAGAGACGCUCUGCAGGACAAACAAACCCAGCUACAGGAAAAGUUUACGGUUCUAAAGCAGGCGAGAGAUUUAGAGGAACAGAGUUCACUUCAACACAGCAGACAGACUGAAGAACUGCAGGCCCUUCAGGAAAAAUACACAGCCUUAGAGCGGCAAGGAGCAGCUAACAGGGAGAAGUUGGAAGGAAGAGUGGCUGAACUGGAGAAGAAACUGGCAGAGCAGGAGGGUCCAGGAGACACUGCAGCAGAGGUGAAGCGUGUGAUGAACGGAGUGUUUCAUUCUCUGCGAGGGGAGUUUGACCUGAGUGAAUCUUACAGUGGUCAGGCUGUGCUCGGGGUGAUUGUCACAACCAUUAAGAAUGUAACCCUGCAGCUGCUCAGUGGCACAGACGGAUCUUCACUGAGGCCCAUUAAGAAAGAAGAGGAGGAGGAGGAGGAGGAGGAAGAGGAAGAAGAAAGUGAUGUGAAACAAACAGAGGAGACACCUCAUCAGAAUGUACAUGUGAAUGGAGAGAGAGAAGUCAAAGAGGAAGAAGAACAUGUGGCUGAAUCAGAUUCUCCCCAAGUUUGUGACACCCAGGAGGAUCAGGAAGUAGCAGCAGAGAAGGAGAAGGAGAAGGAGAAGGAGAAGGAGACGGAGACGGAGAAGGAGACGGAGAAGGAGACGGAGAAGGAGAAGGAGACGGAGACGGAGACAGUAGCAGCGUCAGAGACACAAAGCCAGGUGGACGUGGUAGCGGCCUCUAAUCUCCACCUAGAUUCAUCCGCUGAAUCGAAACCUCAAGAGACAGUAGCAGAGUCUGAAGCACAGCAGGAGCAGGCAGUUCCUGUUCCUGAAACCUCUACAGAGGAAAGAGAUACCAACAAGUCAGCAGAUCCAGAUGAUGAAGCUGGUGACAGUUCACAACCACAGGAUGGAAGAGAGGAAACUGUGAUAGAAAGAAAGGCUGCUGUAAGCAGUGAGGUGGACAAGGAGAGUGUAGACAAUGGAGAGCAGGUUGGAGAAGUGAAUGCUGCUUCUCAGAAAGCCUUUGGACCCCCAGCAAACCCACCUCCACCACCGCAUGCAGUUCAGAACAGCUCAAGAGAGGACACGAGUCUGACUGGGGGAAUGGGUGUGGAAAAUGGAGAGGAGCCAUUUUUCCAGAACACAAGUCCCGCCAAACCCCCCGCAGCACCCAGCGAGGAGGAAGAGGAGGAUGAGCUGAGCUUGAAGGGGCACCCCCCUCCUGCCCCUCUGUUUGGUGACGACGAGGACGAUGACGAUCUGGACUGGCUGAGCUGAGCUCGAAUAAUAAAAGCCUGCGUCUUAAUUGUCAACUCUAAAAACAAGCAUAUGGUGCUUCAGCAGCUGUCUCUGCCUGGUGGAACAGUCAAGAUGACAAAGGAACGAAGCCUCUGCCGAUGAACUCGAUCCUGACAGACAGAGAAGUUAGACAGUCGACUGACUGACUGACUGACAGCUGCUGCUGCUGCCACAGCUUCCCGGAGAACAAAGCUCCUGUAAUUCACAGAAGAAUCCAAACAAAUCCUUUUCAUUCAUUAUGUGAUAUCUGUUGGUGAUGCAAUUUAAUCCCAAAUUUUUACAUGGCGCUGUAGCAGAUUAGUUUGUUGAAUCAGCAGUUAUCCUGUUAUCAGUGGUUUCAGACUGUACCAUUACAUGGUUUUUAAUUAUUAGCUUGCUGCUUUAAGAAUAGAACUUUUACACAAUUUUUGCUAACCUGAAAUUCAUUCCAGAAAAUAAAUGCGUGGAGGCAA